AACGUUUUGAACUUCUGAUUCAUGCUUCAUUGACUGUCACUCUUUACUUUCCGUCGCCCCUCACUCAUUACAAUGUUGCUCUCUGGUCUCCUAUUUCUGGCCGUGCUGGCAGGCUUAGCUGCUACUGCACCGGUUUCUACAACUUCCAAAAACGACACCACCUCUAGAAACGACACCAUCUCCCUACAAGCAGCCGAUUGCAACGCCCCCGUGGCCGGCCUGUCCUUUGAGGACUGCCUGCACAUGAACAACAUUGGCAUGGCCGGCAUGGGCGACAACCCCUUUUGGAACAACGGCUACAUCUGGAUCGGCGACGACGGAUCCAACAGGUUCCGGUUCACCAACACGGGUGGCGUGCCCAGGACUCUCAUCCUGUGGGACUUUGCCGACGGCGACUACCAAUCCUCCUUUAUGAACGUCCGCCGCCCCAAGAUCUCCUACUCCCUACCCAGCUCUGGCAGCUCUGUCACCAUCUCUGUCGGCAGUGGCAUCUCGCUCGGCUACGCUACGCUUAAUAACCGCCAGACGACGCUCUCGCGCUGGGGUCAGAUCUUCAACACCUGGGGCGAGGCUACUACAGGCAAUGGCUGGCCGGGGUCGGCGACGAUCGACGUCAGUCGACUUGUCAACAUGAAUGGAAACCCACAGUCAGUUCGCGUGGCAGGAUGUCUGGCGGAUAUGGAGUGGUGCUCGUUUCAGUGUAAGAAUGGUCUGAGUGAGUGUGGUGAGUCGGGCUCCUAUGACCUGCUCAGGUGCACGCCGGACGUCAACCCCGAUUCCGGGACGGGCUGGGUGAAUGGUAACCCUGAGGGAGGGUGCUACGGGUGGGAUAAUGGUGGCGACAUUUAUAUCAACCUUGGUAACUAAGGAUUGUGGGCGUUGGAAAGGGGUUGCUGCAUUCUCUGUCUUUGUACAUAUCAACUUAAGAUUCAAAGCCAAGAGGGGAACAUCGAUGAAC